CUUCCUCUAAAACCACUCAGAGGAACAGACCUGAACCUGGACAUGGACCUGAACCUGAACCCAGCUGUGUGUCCUUUAAGAGUGACCAGUCAAAAAAUUAUUUUAUUGAAUUUAAACCCAACCAACCUUUAACAUCAACAAGGAACCAGAAGAACCUCAAACCUGGACCCAGCUGUGUGUCCUUCAAGAGCGACUGGUCAAAGGGUCUUGAUUUUGAAUUUAAAUCCUGGGAGCCUCCAUCAGCAGAGAGAGUGGACCAGCAUAGCUCAGAGGUCACCAGUCCUCAGUCUGCCCAGCAGCAUCAGACCCAGCUGGACUCCAUAUUUAUGCUGCUGGAGGACAACAUGGUCACUUUUGUGAAGAACGAGCUGAAGAAUAUCCAGAAAGUUCUGAGUCCAGAUUACCCAGAAUGCUUAGAGAGUCAGAGGGAGGAUGAGGAGGUGUUGGAAGGUGAGGAAGAAGAGCAGAGGAGGAGCAAAGAGGCACUGAUGAAGAUCACAGUUUACUUCCUGAGGAGGAUGAAGCAGGAGGAGCUGGYUGACCUUCUGCAGAGCAACUCUGGACUGGGCUGAAGACAGAACCAACCAGGACAUCCACUUCCUGUUUCCAUUCACCUUCAGACAGCUGAACGUGCUGAAAGAGACAAAGUUCAGCUUGGUGGAACUUCUUCAUCACUUCUUCUCUGAAACCAAAGAAAUGUGCAGCUUUGAAGACUUCCAGCUGCUCUUCAUCUUUGAUGGUCUMGAUGAGAGUCGACUUCCUCUGGCCUUCCACAGGAACCAGGUCCUGACUGAUGUCACAGAGUCCACCUCAGUGGAUGUUCUGCUGACAAACCUCAUCAGGGGGGACCUGCUUCCCUCUGCUCGCCUCUGGAUAACCACUCGUCCUGCAGCAGCCAAUCAGAUCCCUGCUGACUGUGUCCACAUGGUGACAGAGGUCAGAGGCUUCACUGACCCACAGAAGGWGGAGUACUUCAGGAAGAAGUUCAGCGAUGAGGAGAAGGCCAGCAGGAUCAUCUCCCACAUCGAGACCUCACGAAGCCUACACAUCAUGUGCCACAUCCCAGUCUUCUGCUGGAUCACUGCUACAGUUCUGGACCAUGUGUUGAAGAGCAGAGAGGGAGGAGAGCUGCCCAACACCCUGACUGAGAUGUACAUCAACUUCCUGCUGGUUCACACCAAAUACAAGAAGGUCAAGUAUGAUGGAGGAGCUGAGACUGAUCCAGACUGGAGUCCAGAGACCAGGGAGAUGAUCGAGUCUCUGGGAAAACUGGCUUUUGAUCAGCUGCAGAAAGGAAACUUGAUCUUCUAUAAAUCAGACCUGACAGAGUGUGGCAUCGAUAUGACAGCAGCCUCAGUGUACUCAGGAGUGUUCACCCAGAUCUUUAAAGAGGAGAGUGGACUGAACCAGAACCAGGUGUUCUGCUUCGUCCAUCUGAGUGUUCAGGAGUUUCUGGCUGCUCUUCAUGUUCACCUGACCUUCAUCAAACAUGGACUCAACCUGAUGGGAGAUGAUCAAAUCAAAUACAAGAUGUUGAAACUUUUUAAGAAGAUAACACUAAAGCAUGUUCAUCAGAGUGCUAUAGACAAGGCCUUAAAGAGUCCAAAUGGACACCUGGACUUGUUCCUCCGGUUCCUCCUGGGUCUUUCUCUGCAAACCAAUCAGACUCUCCUACAAGACCUGCUGACACAGACAGGAAGUAGCUCACAGACCAAUCAGGAAACAGUCAGGUACAUCAAGAUGAAGAUCAGUGAGAAUCAGUCUGCAGAGAAAAGCAUCAAUCUGUUCCACUGUCUGAAUGAACUGAAUGAUGCUUCUCUAGUGGAGGACAUCCAACAGUCUCUGAGGUCAGGACGUCUCUCCACAGAUAAACUGUCUCCUUCUCAUUGGUCAGCUCUGGCCUUCAUCCUAAUGUCAUCAGAAAAAGUUCUGGAUCAUUUUGACCCAAAGGAAUAUUCUACUGAUGAWAAGGCUAUUGAGAGGCUGCUGCCAGUGGUCAAA